CGGAGGGGGAGGAACGCGUCCGCCGAGGCACGGAAGAGAGGCGGGGGACGUGUUUGAGGGGUGACACGCUAGUCCCGUUCGCCCUGUUUCUAGGCAAUGUUUCCCAGAGUGUCCGCGGUCCUGCCGCUUCGCCCCCUCCCCCGCCUCCCUUUGUGCCCCGGAGGCCCAGAGGCGUCGGCGGCUGCGACUGCGCUCCUCAGUGCCCCGCACGGACCGGUCAGGACAAAAAAUAACAUCCAAAGAUAUUUUGGCACUCACAACGUGAUCUAUAGCAAGAAAGAUGGGCAGUCCAUUCCAACCCAGGAGAUUUCCAAGGAGACAGAGAGCCAAGACAAUAGCAAGGAGAAUACGAAAAAAGACUUGUUAAACAUCAUUAAGGGCAUGAAAGUUGAGUUAAGUGCUGUAAAUGUACAGACCACAAAGCCCCCCGGCAGAAGACUACCUAAACGUCUGGAGGCUACAGUCGGCAGACCUCAGAAAGCUGCGGAAGAUGACCCAAAGAAGAGGAGUGAGUCACUGAGCCCUGAGUUGGUGGCUGCUGCCUCUGCCGUUGCAGAGUCCUUCCCUUCUGACAAGCAGGCGACCAAGUCUGAGCUGCUGCGGCAGCUCCGGCAGCACGAGGCGCUCUCGCGGGCCCAGGGAGACGGAGAGAGACCCAGAGUCAGUUUUAGUAACAUAAUAUCGGAUAUGAAAGUUGCCAGAUCUUCCACAGUCAGAGUCAGUACAAGACCAGUUCAUCAGAUUCAGUUUGAUGAAGGUUCUGACAGUUUUGCUGACCGGGAGAAGACCGUUGAUCUUAGCAAAAGGAGAAAUAUAUUCAAGGGGAAGAGACUUAAUAUUUUCGAUCUUACGGAGGCUACUCAAGAGGUACCUGAAACAGAAGCAGCACCCUCACUCUGGGAUGUGGAAUUUGCUAAGCAGUUGGCGGCAGUCAAUGAACAGCCCUUUCGGAAUGGCUUUGAGGAGAUGAUCCAGUGGACGAAAGAGGGGAAACUGUGGGCGUUCCCCAUUGACAACGAAGCGGGUUUUGAUGAUGAUGGUUCAGAAUUUCAUGAACAUAUAUUUCUAGAUAAAUACCUGGAAGAUUUUCCAAAACAAGGACCAAUUCGCCACUUCAUGGAGCUGGUGACCUGUGGGCUUUCCAAAAACCCACAUCUGAGUGUUAAACAGAAAGUGGAACAUAUUGAGUGGUUUAAAAAUUAUUUUAAUGAAAAAAAGGAUAUUCUAAAAGAAAGUGACAUACAGUUCAAUUGAAGACCAUGGAAAUUUUUAUUUCAAGCUGUUGGAGAUGUUAACUAAAUAAAAUACUUUUACUAGAAGUUUA